UUUUAGGCUAUGGCCACAAUGGUAGGGUUAAACGGGGGAUCAGUAGCAGUGGAAAGCCUGCAGUGGAAAGGCUUUCCAAACUUUGGACUGAUCCCUGACGGGUUGGACCAAUGGUGUAAAACGGGGGCAGGGUUACCUGAACUCCGUUUAGACGCUGUCUACAACACCAUUCAAGAUUGUGAGAAACAGGAACCGUUUGAUGACACCAACAGAAACGGUGUGAUUGAGUCAGAAGAUAAGGUGACCAAUGAAAGAGAAAAUUGCGUGAACAUCAAACAGGAGAAGGUGGACGUAAAAUGCGGCAGCCUUAAAGGUCGUACCGUCUUCGAUUCUUCAGAAGGAGCCACCAAUUUAACCCCUUUGCAUAAAUCCGGUGAUUUUGAAAAGGAUCUACACACUUUCAAGCAAGGAGUUCACUGCUCGCAAGAAGUCAUCGUAUAUUUCUUGAAUAAAGAAAACUACAAUCAAAGGCACGAUUGUGUAACAGUGGUUGAAAUCAACCGAAAGUUAAUAGAUGCCCUGUUCGAUCAUACUCCUGUCAUAAGUUUACAGAAGAAACCUAUCAAGAAAAACAUUCUAGAAUUUUUUCUGAAGGAAAACGUUGUGACUAAACGAUGCCUUGUCCGCUGCACAAGUUUCAUACACGGACUCGCACUCGCAGCAAAAUGGGAGAGUUUAACCGAGGGACUGGAGUCCAAGAGGGCCAAUAAUGUCUUCAGUAACUAUCAACGUCCAGAUAGGGUCGCUGGUAAAAAUCUAGCUCUUGAAUACCAGUGUCAGUAUGGUCUUUCAAAGGGUUCUGGAUUUGGAGAUAUAGAAACGAAAGCAAAGGUAAGCUUCGAAAUAUAUGACAAGCAAGGGUUUCUGUCUUAUGCAUCCGACAAGAUGAUGCUCAAGCACACGAUAUUUUACAAUUGUGGAGAGGAAAUUUACUUCGUUAAGGAAAAGUAUCUUAACGCUUUUGGCAAGAUAGUCAUACCAAAGAAAAAGAAAGCUGAACUGAAAAGACUUCAGAAAGUUGAAAAUGCAGGCAAUCUUUAAAAGCUCAAUGAUUUAAACUGAUAUUACAGCCAUGAUCCAUUAUUAUGAUGGACAUAAACUUAUAUGCUCAUAAACGACAAUGGAGAAUUAGUCAUAUUUUUUCUUCGAAAAAACUUUUCAACCCUUUUAACGUGUGGUAAUUGGUAUUCAUACCGAAAAAAAGGUUACCCUUGAAUUGAUGUGAAAAGCUCGAUGAUUAUUAGUAACAGCCCUUUACCAUUAUCACGAUGGAAAUUUAUGUGCUUAUUUUUGCAUGUUCCCAUGGAUUGCGCUUCCUUAGUAAGUUAGGACCCUCUGUUAAAUUCCAAGUUGACAGAGGGUCUUGUCUCCUUGCUGUCGGAAGUAAUGUCCAUGGGAAUGUACAAGAUUGGACAUUGUAUUUGAGGUUUAUUGCGAAGAAGGAAAUUUUAAUAUUGUUUUUGAAAAGCUCAGUGACUUCCCCGAUUUAACAGCCACUGAGUAACAAGACAAAAUUUAUGUUUUAUUGCCCAGGACAGGGAAUGAGAAAUGAGAAAUGACAUUUAAAACAAAGUACACCUAUCUUCAUUAUACUACAAGGUAUUAUUUUAUCAAGGUUUUUGCAUUCUUAUUCAACUACUUUUAAAAGAACUAAAUCCUCAUCGUAGGCGGAAGAUACAGGCAAAAUGAUGCUUAUUUUAAAAAGGUGUUUCUGAUUAAUUUUACUUUUUAAACCAUAGGAAGAGAGUAUGGUACGCCAUAAGGUACAAACACAUAUUAUAAUAUUCAUAUGUUAUUAUCAUACUUCAUCGAUACUUGUAGAUUGUAGAAGAGUAAAGUAUUUAUCAUUUGAUGCCAUUAAGACUUAGCAAGAAUUUCACUUAAAACUUGCAAUUUGAGUUAAAUGUUUUUAAUUCAUGGGCACCACAAAAGAUUUAAUUGAAAGCCUUUCACAUAUCAUAUACAAGUUCAUACUGUGAUUUAGGAUAAGUUUUCACAAAAUUAUUAUAUACUACUGAAAUCUUUUGGCCUAAUAUAUAAUAUAUAUCAUGCGACCAGUUUCCUUUAUUUUGCUUAAAUGUGCCCACUUAAUUGUUUGUACAUAAUAUUUUGUAAAAUGAAUUCUCUAAUGACGUACAAAAAUCAUUUCUCCUUUAAUAUGAUUGUCUUUUUUAAAUUAGUUCACUAGUCCUAUCAUAUAUAUUGCACAGCACUUUUAAAAGGUGAAGUUCUUGUUAUCAACAAAUUCGUAUAUUUCACAUUUCAAUGAAAAAAUUUACUUUUAUUAAACAAUUUAUUUACGAUCAGUAUGUCGGCUUCGUUACAAUAAAUUGAAUGCAGCUGAAGGACGAAGAUGAUGACUUACCCGCUUUUGACAUUGGAAUGACAUCGAAGGACUCAACUGGUGUGGUCACCGUAUUGGACUACGACUCUGAUGGGAUUGACAUCAUUCCUGAAGACGAUGUUGAAUCUUUGGUGAAAGAUGCCAAACUUGCUAACAAACAAUCUAGUAAUUUGUUCACUAAUCUGAGUAACAAAGGAUUUGAACCUGUGAUAAAAUCUAACCAAUCCUCUCCUAGACGGGACACUGAGUCACCUUCCACUGUUGUACUAAGUCGAUGUACCACCCCUGAUUUGAACUCAGAUAUUUGUGGAUCUUUUGCAAAUACAUCAGACACAGCCACAUCAGUUUUAGCAGAAUCGGCGGUCGUUGCAAAACCAGACGUGACAAUAUCAGACAUUUCAACAUCAGUUAUAUCAACGUUAGACGUAGCAACACCAGUUGCUGCAGUUUUAGCGACAUCAGUUGUUGCUCCCUCAAUCAUAGAAGCAUCAACUAUUGCUGAUAUCGUGACUGUAACCUCGGUGGUUUCGGCACCUACUAUCCCUGUAACCACAAUUGUAACAUCGUCCACCUCCUCUGGUCAUGAUUCCAGCAAUAAUUCAGAAAUUUUGGUCAAUACUCUUGUUAACGAUAAUCAGAUAGUAUUGGCCAAAAAGAUAAGCAUCCUGGACCUCAAAGUUGAAGACAUUGAAAAUAUUAAGGAUAAGGAGGCAAGGGAUUGGAUUGUUUACGGCAUCCAUGGAAUGAAAACUUUGCUGAAAGUUGCAGAUCAUUUGAAUGAACAUAAAAUAAAAUUUGAUAUUAAACAGUAUGUGUCUCAAGAAUUCCCCCCUAAUCUCCAGUAUUUUGACCCACUGAACACAAAAAACCUUGUCGAUGCAUUGGCAGGCGAUCUUAUCAAUGAUAAGCUCAAGCAACUACAUGAGCAGUACAGACCCCUUUUGAGUCAGAGAGGGAAAAGGACAAAGCAAUAUGACUAUUUGAUCCCUCACAAGGCGGCAGCGUUGAGGAAUACUCUUCUAGCUGUAUCUGUUGACAAGAGAAAUAUAAAUGUUUCCUCUCUGAAGAGUUCUCAUAUUAGUAAACUUAUAUCAGACGGAUCUCCUGCUUGCAAAUCAGUUCGACGAGAUAAGAGGCGAAGAAAUUCAUCAUCGGCGGAAGAAUUGCAUUUAAAAAAGAGAGUUGAUCAACGCUCAUCGCUUAGCAGAGAUAUUGUAUUUGCUCACCCAUCUUCAUCUUUCACCGAAUUGAAAGCUCCUAGCUGCGAAGAAAUUCAGAAGAAUAUCCAAAAGAUUAGCAAAUACUUAAAUCCAUCCAUGACAUUUGAAUCUAGUGAACCAAACCUAACAAAAUCGAGUCAACUUGUUAGUAAUAAGAAUCCGUCUAUGCUUUGUACUAACAUCAAAGUAAUGGGAGAUAAACCUCGCAAGACCAGAGUGCAGAGUCAGAAUUCGGCAUUCAAUGUGACAACUCCUAAAUGCAAGCUCAUUCAACCAAAACCUAUACCAAUUUCACAUCAUCCCAUUACAGAUUUCUGGAGUCCAUUGGUUCCAGCAUCGCAUAGUAAAUCAGUCGCGCAAUUUCCUUUUCAACAUGUUUUCCAAUAUCAACAGCAAUUUGCUCGAAAAAAAGCUCGUGUUGCUGAUUUACUGCUCCCUCAGUUACUAUAUUCCGCAAACUCUCCUACACAACGAUUUGACGUCAUAUCUGAUACCUCGGUGGAAGGUAAAAUGCAACAAGAUAUUGCACAAAAUCUCUACAAAAUCUCUACAACUAGUAAGGCAGUUAAAAGCCAAAGCCUGAAAGUGAGUUCUAAGUUGCGUUCUGAUCUAAGACGCUUUAUGGCUACCAAGAGGGUCUCCCAGGGCCCAUCUGUAGAUGUAUCUGUGACGAAAUCUGAUUCUUCGAAAGAGAAAACCAACGCUGUACCAAACAGUUCCAUUAGGUGCCCUAAUUUAGAAGCUCUGAAUCCUCGUGCAUCUUACAUAAUACGUAAACCGUCAGAUACCAUUUUUCAGCCCGUUCAUCACGGUCGUACUGCCAAGUUCAUGACUCAUAGAGAAAGCCGAGUGAGUUUAGAACGCCAUUUAAAAAAUAAUGGUAUGCCAAUAUCUCCUGAAAUGAUUCUUAGUAAAGAUGCUCAUUCUGCAUUCAUUAAAAGUAAGAAGGUUCAUUCUAAGGUCAUUCAAAGUAAAAAUGUUCAAAAUGCCAACUUAGGUGACUCUCUGACAUAUUGUAGCGGCUUACUUGUGGACGCAAUGAAUCUAACAAAUCCACAAAAAAACAUGCAGUUGAAAGUAGGAAAGAAAACCACAUCAACAGAAAACCACUACAGUGAUCACAAUGAUCAGAACAUACAGAUUGGCUACCUCCCAAAAUCCAUUCUUGAGAUCCUAGAAAAUACAAGUCAAAAGAAGGUGUCGGCUUUGCGUCUACAGUUGGCCCAUUGGAAAGAGAGAAAUUUUGUUCAAAACACUACGCAUCUAGUUCCACCGGCUAAAGAUUGGGUACAGUCCUCCAACAAGACCAUUAAAACCUCUGUAAACAGCCCAUCAGUAAACUUCAAAACAAGCUUUAUGGACGACUCAGACUUUCUCCAUUUACCAAAACCCUCCAGCAAACCCAGCUCCACACUAAGCCUGCUGAAACCUCCCAACAGCCUGGUGAAACCUCCCAAUAGUGUUACUUCUCAGCCGAUCAAACAACCAAAUACCAUUAGGUUGAUUACUAAGGAUUCUGAGAAGCGAGCUGCCAGUCCUAUCAAUCCUGGUGGUGAACCUCCUGAUCCUUUGUUUGUUAUUGGUGGUAAUGUCCGGAAGCCUGUUAACAGUGGGACACCCACAAAUGUGACGACGGUUGCUGCUGAAAAAAUGAAACAGUUAAGCAGAGCAAGAGUACCUUCUCGGAAAGCUUUAGAAUCUAAAAAUUCAAUUAUCAUAGAGAAGCCUGUCACCACUGCUUCUACUCAUAUAAAAGAUAAGGUAGCAAACGCUGUCGGUCUUAUGUCAGCAAAACCGGCACUCCCAACAACAAAGAUUAGUCCAAAAGGGAGUUCCUCUGUUAUUUCUACAACUAAAAAGGGUCCAGCUCCUUUGAAUAAGAUUUUCGCUCUUACAACACCUGUCCUCGCGAAUUCCUCGACUAAAAGGACGGCUUCCUCAAUAGAGACCACAGUUAUCUCGACUAAGACCACAGCUCCUUCAACUAAAACCACAGCUUCAUCAACUAAAACCACAGCUCCCUCGACUAAGACCACAGCUCCGUCAACUAAGACCACAGCUCCUUCAACUAAAACCACAGCUUCAUCAACUAAGACCACAGCUCCCUCGACUAAGACCACAGCUCCGUCAACUAAGACCACAGCUCCUUCAACUAAGACCACAGCUCCAUCAACUAAAACCACAGCUCCAUCAACUAAGACCACAGCUCCCUCGGCCAUGUUUCCAGCGACUAAACCAGUAGUUCCUGCUACCAAACCUAGUGCUUCUACCACAGAGCCUUCGUUACCAUCAAUUAAGAUAACAAUUCCACUGAACAAAGUUAUAUCAAACCCCUCAGUUCCUACAUUAAAGCUGACAGGAUUAAAAGGCAAAUCUGGGAUUGCCCCUAGUAAGCCCCUCCAUCAGAGUACUCUCACAAAACUUGUGGAGACGCUUGAUGCCCAAAAAGGAUCCCAGAAACCUAGCUCCCCAAAACCUACGUCCACACAGGUGCCUCAAAUACCUACUCUGGUUUACCACCCGAACAUUUCUUCAAGUAUGCAAACACCACCCACUAAUGAGACCGACAGCAGUCCUGCUCAGACCGCUGAAAUUCCUGCAGAGGCUAACCCUGUGAAACCAAAAGAGAAUUGCCAGUCUCAUAAGGAAAAAGAAGUGGCCAAAGUGCAAUCGCCUGUUAGACCAAUCAUAAUUACUUCACCUCCAGUUCCUCCCCAAGAGAAAGCAAGUUCUCCGGACGUUCAAUGGGUGCCGCCCAGACACGAUGCUCCAAAAAGAAGACAAAAAGAUGUGAUUCCUGGAGUAAUCUGGAUCAAACCAGAGCCUGGAACUAACGAUCCGCCAGUACCAGCUCCAAGCGCGCAACCACCCCAGGAACCCUCUACUAAACGAUGCUCUAAGACUAACUGCAAAAACUUCGCUCCAGCCGACAAGGAUCUGUGUCCAGUGCACCACCAAAAAGCAACCCUGCUGGAGAUCAGGCAGAUGAUGCUGAACUCUGGGACCGUUUAUCAGGUCAGAGCUGGCUCAGGGCAUUCAGUCACGAAUGGGGUCCCAUCUACCUCUCCUGUACCUCACUUUUCUGAGACUGUUUCAAUCAGGACAGCCGCCAUUCCUCCUGCAAUGGCUGCCAAGAAUCCUGCGCAGAAGCACUCAACAAGUUCUAAUGCAGUUAGAACUAGAAGUGGCGCUGCCCGUACAAUUGCACCCAAUCCCGGAUCUGCUGUCCCGGUCCAAUUCCUUCCAGCCAGGGAUCUUACUAGGAGUGACAGGCAAUCAGAUGGACCCAUGAUUAUCAGAGCUAUCACCUCAUACGCUACGGUAUGUACUCCCACCUCUCACCAGUUCGAGUCAGUCGGGGACUUCUCCUUCCAGCGGUCAUGCACCCUCGCUAGUCUUGAUAAAAAGGACUUGGAGAAUAUCAAGGCAUGCAGGAAGAACCUGGGAAAAGGUUUUGAUCUAGAGCAACUGCUCCUGGCCCGAACAUGGCCCAUACAGUCAGAAACACACCUCUACAUCCUUACUAUUUGCAUUCAGGAUGAGAUAGACGCAGUGAGCAAGAAACAGAAAACAACGACCCCUGCUAUCGCUCACAUGAUCACCAACUACCUGAAGAAGGACUCUGAGAAGAACCUCACCAUCUACCAGCUCCUCAACCUGCUCUUCAACCUCAUAUACACGUCUGAGUUUGCACCCGUACCUGUGGUCCUGACUUGGAUCGAGGCGGUUUCUGAGACACAUGAUCAUGAUUUUAUCAGGGUGAUGAACCUGAUCGAAGAGUGCUUCAACCUCCUCCAGAACGAUCAGCUCAUCUCCUUCCGUUACUUCCUGCACUACAGCUUCAGAUCCCUGGUCACGUUCGAGAACGUUCUGGACAAGCGGCUCCCCCAGAUGACUAUUGAUGAUGUCAGUGACAAGAUCAUCAAACUGGAAGAACAGAGCUUUUGUCGUAAACCUCCUAAGGAACCAGAACUGUCGGACCUGCAGAAAUACGGAGUAACAGGAGAGUUCUUCUUACUCCGGCAGUACAUUGCUAAGUGUAGGGAGUCACAUCCACAGGACAAACUUACGAAGGAGUUUGUAGCUAGCAUCAUCGCUCAUAAGAUGGCAGUGCGCGGAAGCAGCGGAGGAGCGCCAACUGGAGCCACCACUACCGGCCCCUCCCGUUCUCGUCAAGUUACUCCAGCACCCCCUUCAACUACACGCUGCAGCAUCACUCCCGUGUCCUCCUCCCAACACAACAUGCAAGUUUCCCGCCAACUCUCCCACCCUGCCCGUCUUCAGACCAGCGAGGUGGUCCUGUCUCAGAGCAGUCCCAAUAUGUAUGUGACUACGUCAUCUGCUUCUGCUUACACGACCCAGCCUGCCACUCAACCUCCCCAACUAAUUACUAACUAUAACCCUCAACUAUCACACCCUCAACAAGGUGUCUCUCAAACACCUGCCUAUUCUCAAGCGGUAUUGGCACACGUGCAAUCAACAGCGCAAGCGCAUGUACAAUCAUCAGCGCAAACGCACGUGCAAUCAAUGGCGCAAGCGCAAUCAACGUUGUCUGGGCACGAAUUCCGUGGUCUCUCGAGCGACAGAAUAGCGAUGAUAGCACCAGUCCAGAGGCAACGCAUCCAAAGUCUGAUGGAACACUACGACAAGAUGCAGAAAGAUCUGGCAAACUUGCAACCUAAUCACCCGCGGAGACAGGCGGUCGCCCAACAGAUCACUGCGUAUAAACACGAACUAACGCGCUACGAGCAUGAGUUAACCAGGGUAUGGCUCCACCACGUUCAAGCUCAAAAGGUGCAGCAGCAACAACAGCAACAACAACAACAACAACAGCAACAGCAACAACAACAACAGCAACAACAGCAGCAACAACAGAUGUCUGCCGUAAACUGGCAGCAGCUCCCUCCUAACACCCCAAUACCCCCCCUUAACUCUGUGCUUCCUAACUCCGCACCUCAAUCUGUACCUCAAAUAGUGCCUCAAGCGAGCAUGCCGCCUCGUAGCAACCUAAUGAUGAACCAGCAGAGGAUCCAGCAGAUCCAGCAGCUUAUCAAGGAUACUCCGCAAUAUAAUGCCACUCACCAUCAACCCGUUCAUAAUACACAGCUGCUCGCCCACAACAACGUUACUGUCUCCUACAACACACAACAACAUAACUCUGUCGCAGCUCCCAACAAUCCUAACGGUGUCAUUAUCAUGAGCACUCCUACGGUGUCUCCCCAGUAUCAGCAACAGUUGGCACGGCAACAACAGCAGGCUCAGUUACCUCCCCAACAGCUGACUCAGUUACCUCCUCAUCUACAACCAGUACCACAACCACAACCUGCUAAACGUGGCCCAGGAAGGCCCAGGCAGAAGUCCUCGCCGAACCAAACUGGUCAAACUGGUCCGAUCACAAAUAACAAAACUUCUACUAACAACCCUGCUGUUACCCGCCAUCCAAAUACUUCUACUGACACAGGCAACCAGCAACCAUCAGCAGCUGUUGAUCCUAGCAUGGAGCGGAAGCCCUUCACAGUACAGGAACCCGGCAAGACAGAAAGAAUGGAAUGGAUGACUCAAGCAGAGGCUGACCAGCUACAGAAAAAACUUUUGGAUGAGUACAACAGAAAGAAGGCAGAAGAGCAAAAGCAAGCAGAGGAAGAUAAGAAGAAAGGCGAUGGAGAGGCCAAGGCGGGUAAUCAGAACCAACCUGCUAAACCUCAGACCCCGGCUGCUAAACCUCAGAACCAACCUGCUAAACCUCAGACCCCGGCUGCUAAAUCUCAAAGUACUGCUGCAGUAAACCAAACGGUACCUGCUGUUACCAACGAGCGGCCCAAAAAGAAGCAACAAGUGGUUGUGAUAGAAGUGGACUCUGACGACGAGUCAACACAACAACCCCGCUCCACACCCAGCACAGUCCCACCCACCCCGGAGAGCACUGUGUCCUGCUCUACCUCCCUCAUACCUCCCACUGUUACUUCAGAUAAUCACGUGACCUCCACAACACACAGUCCUGGUAACAGGGCUGCUCCUCCCCCUCAUAAUGAGGAGGAGUUAGAGUGGUUAAUAAGCGGAGAGAUUCCGUCGAACAAAGUAAGCUAUGUGAACAUCAUCGCGGAGCUCUGCAACUUUGAGAAUCUGAAUGACAAAGCUAUGAAAGAAGCUAACGAAAGGAAACGUAAAAAGUUCGAGGAGCGCGAAAGGCUGAACGAGGAGUGCGAAAGAGAGGUCGAGGAGUGCAAAAGGCUGAACAACAGAGCCGCGCGUAUUAAGAGACGGCGGCAGGAGUACCUUCAACUUUGUUUGAAGGAACAGACUGCGACAGACCCAGACUCAGAACUGAGUAUCAUAGACCAUACCUCAGUCGCCACUCCGUCCACGGAGACCCUCAGAAUUAACCGGGGUAGGAUAGCUCCCCUCUCUGAAGCCGUCAAAAACAUCAUCAAACAGUAGGAAACGUGAAGCAGGAGAUUGAUGGCUGUGAUCCGUCUGUUUGAAGUUCGUAUUCAGAGAACGGGACUUGUAGUUAUUCGUUAACUUGAGUUUAGGAAACCUAGCAGGUUUGUUGUACUAGUUAAAGAUUUGGGUGAUUGUCACAUAAAAAGCAAGAUUUUUUGCCCAGAUUUGAUUAUGUCUUGCCAAUGUCAGGCAAUUCGUAAUUUUUUAAUAGAGCACUCAUAAUUGUAUUGAGUUUUUAAUCUAUUUUUGCUAUAAUUUAUUUUUAUUUCGCAUUGUUUUUUAGCGAAAUUUAACUAGUACCACGAUAUCUUAUCCAAAUAGUUCUUGAAGUUGAAGGUUAAUCAUAGUUGUAAAAAUGUUCCCAAGUCAUAUUGAUGACGACGUUUGGGCUAUUUGGAGAGGAAUCUUAUUUGUAAAUUUGAUAACUUAUUAUGUUGUUUUGGACGAUGUUAACGUAACGCCUGAUGCGCGGAGGAGGAGAACUUUGAUCCUAAAUUGUUUUGACACGUUUGUCAUUUCUAUAGAAGUUAUGAACCCAGGCCCACUUCCUUCACAUUCUAAAGUAUUAUGAUACAUUUCAUAUUGGUUCUAUAUUUGUUCAGAAUUGGUUCAGCAGUUCCGGCUGAUUGCCACUAAGAAGGAUCUAAUCAAUACGUCACAAAUAAUUUGUUUAUCAGAACCGAAGCAUUAAUGAUCAAGUUGUCACGAUGUCGUGCUAUGACAAUUUGGUUUAUUAUUAUAAUCAACGUGAAAAUACGAUCAACUUUAAAUGUGAAAUGCACAUCAUGAAACUGUAAUUUUUACCCUAUUUUGUAACAAACAUUAUACUAAUAAUAUGUCCCUUAAUUUUAAUUUUAUUACGUUGUUAAGUGUAGUCUCAGAUUCAGAUAGAUAGUCAGUCACUGGAGUUACUUGUAAGUAUUCACUUUGAAGUUUUGUAGUCCUCUCAUAACCAUUAUAUGAAUUUUUCGGGAGUUGUUUGUUUGCUCUUUAGAUGUAUCCGAAACUCUUCUUGGAGGUUUUUAAAGGUUCUAACUUUGUCCUAAUGUUAACAUUGUAUUUCUUUUGUACGCUCAGAUCAAUUUGAUUAAGCUGAAUAA